AGAUGUGCGUGUCGCGGAAUUCUUGACAGCUUUUGCUCUCACGUCACCCGCAGGCAAAGGGACAUGAACUUUCACAAACUGUGUUCAAAACGCAGCACAUUAAGCCUCACCACAGAGCAGGACUUUCGAUAAUAUCCUUCAAGAGCCGGCUUCCCUAGCAACAGCGCACAGGUACCCAGCCAUGAUGGGCGCCCACCUCCCCCCCGUCCGCUACCCCACCCUCGACGCCUACCUCAGCGCAACCCUCCCCCAAUGGACUGGCACCGACCAGCCCUCCCUCGACAAGAUCCAAGCCCUAUUCCGCAAGUUCCCGCCAACCCGAACCAAGCUGACCGCGCCGGCGUGGGAUCAGAAGAUGACGUUCUGGCGAAAAGUGCUGUUGGAAAGUUGUGCGCUGGGAUUGUUGGGCGAGCAUUUGUCGUGUUUUGAUACGGAGGGGUUGGAGGAGAGGUUCAAGAAGGGCGGGGUGAGGCCUGAGGGGUUGGGUGUGGUUUUGGGUGAAAUGAUCAAGAACGGAGAGCUCGUGCCGCUGGCGACCUUCAAGCGGACAGAAGGGUGGGGAUCAUGGGCGCUCUCCAAACUGGUCGUGGCACCCAUAUCGUGGGGUAUCUCGCAAGUCAUGGGAUCAGCGAAGAAUACGGCGGUGGACGUACCGAGAGGGGCGUAUGUCGUUCCGUCCGUUGUCAAGGACUCGUCCGACACGUUUCUGAUCAACCUGCGGAACGAAGCGCAAUACGCAGUGGACCACGUCAUGAGCCAGGCCGAUUUCGAGGCGCAACUGGUAGAGGAGAGCAGCCGGAACGGGCGCAAACCGUCGGACCUCGACAUGGAUCUGGCGAGGACGUUUAUGGAGAGGAACGGGGAUCUUUUGUUUGAGGAGGGUGGAAUGAGCAAGGACGAAGGGAUUGUCAAGAUCAAGCCAGCGCAGGACAAGUCGAACUCGAAGUUCGCUAUUGGUGAUACCGACCGUGGGAUCGUGAAGAUGAAGACCACCGUCAAGAUGCUGCAUAUCCAGGUGGACGAACUCGAGGCAAAGACGGACGAUCUCACAAAAAAAGCCAAAGAGCGUCUCCGCGUCGGUCAAAAAGAACGCGCACUCUACCACAUCCGCCAAAAAAAAGCCCUCACAGAUCUCUUGAAAAAGCGCAUCAACUCCCUCGAAACCAUCGAAGGCAUCAUCGCCAAGAUCCAGACCGCCGAGACCGAAUCCGACGUGCUCGCCGCCUACUCCCUCGGCUCCACCUCCUUGAAAUCCUUCAUGGCCUCGUCUGGCUUGACCGCCGAUAACGUUGAGGAGACGAUGGAUGCGUUGCAGGAUACGCUUGCGGACCAGGCGGAGAUUGAUAUUGCGUUGGAGAGCGGGCAGAAUGCGGUGUUGGCGCAGCAGGGGGUGGCGGAUGAGGAUGAGUUGGAGGAUGAGUUGGAGGAGCUGUUGAGAGAGCAGUUGAGGGAGAGGUUGCCGAAUGUGCCGACUGCGGAGCCGGUUGGGGUCCAGGUACCGCAGCGGUACACGCAGCAGCCACAACAGCAACAACAACCGCAGCAGCAGCAGCAGCAGCAGCAACCAUCCAUUGCGAAAAAGACAGGACGGGAAGAAGAGUUUGCGGCCCUUGACGCCGAACUCGACGCGAUGCUCUUGGCGGAAACAAAAGCCGCUUCGAAACCCAAACCCGCUGGAGAACCGGCGAUGCUUCCCGCAUAAGUUAGGAGAUAGGAUGGCGCUUUCCUGGUGCCCCACCUGUUGCCACGAUAGAAAGCUUUUCAUCGGAACUGCACCUUACCCAGCGUCCUUGCGCUGUUCUUCAUACGUAUGUGCACAGUGGCGAUCGCUUAGACGCC